UAAAAGGCACAUAGAGUUUUGCACCGCUUCUGACGGUGCUCUUGAGCCAAGUAGCAUCUGGGCGGAAGUAGCCCAUCUAGGGCUCGGCCUCUUUAAAGGAACAGAGACUUCUGCAACCUUGGGAAUACUUUUGGGGUCGCUGGCUGUUGAACAGAGCAAUUGUUCGCUGAAGCAGAAUUGUGUGUGGAACUCAGGCCCUGGCUUGGAGCCAUUUUCUGGCCUAGGCCGUCUGCCCUUCUGUACCCCUGGAGGGGAAGUCUACAGUGCCUGUGGAUCUGGGAGGCAUGUUCAGGAGUGCCGCAGGCCUCUCGGUGCACCUGGUGUGGCCACUCUGGGGAAGGAAGGCUGGAGCCUCACUCAGCCGGUGCGUGCACCAAUCUCACACCAUGGCCAAACGGCUGCAGGCUCGAAGGCUGGAUGGGAUCGAUCACAACCCCUGGUUGGAGUUUAUCAGACUGUCCAAGGAGUAUGACGUCGUGAACUUGGGCCAGGGCUUCCCUGACUUCUCACCUCCAGACUUUGCUGUGCAAGCUUUUCAGCAGGCUACCAGUGAGAACUUCAUGCUCAACCAGUACACCAUGGCAUUUGGCUACCCACCUCUGACAAAGAUACUGGCAAGUUUCUUUGGCAAACUGCUGGGACAGGAGAUGGACCCACUCAAGAACGUGCUGGUGACUGUGGGUGCCUAUGGGGCUUUGUUCACAGCCUUUCAGGCCCUGGUGGAUGAAGGAGACGAGGUCAUCAUCAUAGAGCCUGCUUUUGAUUGUUACGAACCCAUGACAAUGAUGGCUGGAGGUCACCCUGUGUUUGUGUCCCUGAGGCCGAACCCUCCUCCUAAGGGGCAACUCGGAUCCAGUAAUGAUUGGCAACUGGAUCCCACAGAACUGGCCAGCAAGUUCACACCUCGCACCAAGGUCCUGGUCCUCAACACACCCAACAACCCUUUGGGAAAGGUGUUCUCUAAGAUGGAGCUGGAGCUGGUGGCUGCUCUGUGCCAGCAGCAUGAUGUCCUGUGCAUCUCUGAUGAGGUCUACCAGUGGCUGGUCUAUGAUGGGCAGCAGCACAUCAGCAUCGCCAGCCUCCCUGGCAUGUGGGAUCGGACCCUGACCAUUGGCAGCGCAGGCAAAAGCUUCAGUGCCACUGGCUGGAAGGUGGGCUGGGUCAUGGGUCCAGAUAACAUCAUGAAGCACCUGCGGACUGUGCACCAGAACUCUAUCUUCCACUGCCCCACACAGGCCCAGGCUGCAGUAGCCCAGUGCUUUGAGCGGGAGCAGCAACACUUUGGACAACCCAGCAGCUACUUUUUGCAGCUGCCACAGGCCAUGCAUCUAAACCGAGAUCACAUGAUCCGUAGCCUGCAGUCAGUGGGCCUCAAGCCCAUGAUCCCCCAGGGCAGCUACUUCCUCAUUGCAGACAUCUCAGACUUCAAGAGUGAGAUGCCUGACCUGCCUGGCGCUCUGGAUGAGCCCUAUGACAGACGCUUUGUCAAGUGGAUGAUCAAAGCCAAGGGCCUGGUGGCCAUCCCUGUCUCCAUCUUCUUCAGCCGGCCCCAUCAGAAGGACUUUGACCACUACGUCCGAUUCUGUUUUGUGAAGGACAAGGCCACACUCCAGGCCAUGGAUGAGAGGCUGUGCAGGUGGAAAGGAGAUCUCCAACCCUGAGGCUGCCCUCAGCCCAUCUCACACCCUGAGGCCUCAGCUGUGCCUAGCACAGGGGUGGCACUGGAGGGCCCAGCUGUGUGACUGGGCAUGUUUCCAGGAAAGAGGCCAUUUCUUGGGGGUUUCAGCCAUCUUUUUCCCAGUGUCUGGACUGCUGUAUUGGAUUGGGGGCCAGUCCUGGGCCUCAGUCUACUCCUCUGUAGGUUGCUUGUAGGUUGUCUUGGUUGUUUCUGGCCUCUCUGCCUGGGACAGGAAAGGAUGGAGUAUCAGGCCUGGAGUCCCAGCCCCAGCCCCAGCCCCAGCCCCAGCCCCAGCCCCAGCCCCAGCCCCAGCCCCAGCCCCAGCCCCAGCCCCAGCCCCAGCCCCAGCCCCAGCCCCACCUUAGACCUGCUGAGGCUCCACGGCUUCUCCACCACUUCUCAUGUGACCACGAUGUGGCUACUGUUCCUAAUAAAGUUUUAAGUUAUUAGAACCCUCAA